AUGAGUGCUAGACGUUGGAUUAUUGAUAACAAUGCGCCAUUCUUCAACAAAGGAAAAGGACGAAGUGUCAUGAUUUCACAUUAUAUUGUUCAGCAUCCAAGUGGACCCUUCUUCCGUUUAAAUGGUCAAGAAUGGUCUGAUGCUGUUAAGAAAUACCCUGAAUUGUUGGAUGAAAUAAAUAUUAAUUAUGAAGAAUAUUCAGCAACAGCAUUCAUUAAUAUUGGCGUCGAUGAUUACUUCGGCAAUGAAAUAGUUUUGGACCAGUUUGAUCGGUUAUUUAAGCUCUUGAAAUUCAAAAAGGAUUUUAAAAAUCAUUUAAUUGAUGCGACCGUAGACAAUGCUCGUACUCAUACAGCGAAAUAA